AUAUCCUCUUUGCACGAUAAAGACGGAAGAUUUGAUCACGAUUCAUACAAAAUUUCUGAAUGCAAGUGGACAUAAUUAGACAAAUUUGUCGAAACGAAUCUGAAGAAAAUUGUGUCCCGAACAUGUUUUUUUUUUGUGGUGCGACAAGAACUGGGGGGCGCCCUUUUGCGCUACGACCCUGGGAGAGUUGCCGUCCCCUCUACAUACGAUAAUACGAACUAGUCGUUCGUCAUAUCGUCGGGAGUGUUGGCUGGUGAAUACAACGCGAUUUAUCGCGACCAACGGCAAGAUCUGGCUCACGAGGGUGCCGUCCCGUCAAUGUGACGUCCGUCGAACCGCGAGACGACUCGCCCAAGCUGGGGAGCCCGCGAGAGUCGAUCAAACAACGAAUGACAAGACAGCUGUGCGUUGUACAAAUUGAGACAUAACAUGGAGCCAAUAGUAGAAGAAAAAUGUGAAAUGAAAGAAUUAGCAUUAUCUAAUACACAAACUGUUAUUGCCGAUAAAAAUAGAGGAACAAAGGAGUCAGAUACAACAAAUGUAGAGAACAAGAAACAUGAAGAACACAAGAAUGUGUCCAACGUCAAACCAAAAAGAUCCGUCGCGAGAAUCAAGUCGAGAAAAGCUCGAAGUAUGGGUCAGCCAAGUUACGAUGCCACGAAACUGGAGGAUAGCCCAGCACAGGUAUUGGAACGCUUCAAAAGAGGCUGUGAGUGUAUCGACGAUCAGUGCUUCAAGGAUCUAAAUCCCGAGGUGGUUUAUCGGCACAGACUGAACAUCGCAGAGUUGACUAAGGCUGAGCACGACAUGUAUUUAAUGGGCGUGACUAUGGCAUGCCUGACGGAUCCUUAUCAAACUGCCCGGCAUACAGAACGACGUAGAUUACGCGCGCAGUACGUUUAUCAGGGUCGAAGAGUAUGCUUGGAUGCGUUCUUGUAUCUGGAGAAUUGCACGCAUUAUCAGAUCAAGCGGAUCCGAAAGCAUCUAAUGACGCAUGGCGUAACGCCGCGCGUACACGGCAAUCACGGGAAGAUCCCACACAACACAUUCUCGCUGGACAUAUAUAAGAUCGCGACGGAAUUUUUAAAGAACUUUGUUGAGGUGCAGGAGGCCAAGCAAAAAACCAAGCUCGCUAAAAAUGCUCCGCUGCAUCUGUCGCCCGACAUCACGCGAAAAACAGUGCACGAUUUGUACACGCAAUAUUGCAAAAAAGUAUCACCCGACGUUAAGAGCAUGGGCUACUCAACGUUUCGGCGAUUUAUGAAGGUGCAGUUUCCGCAGGUGAAGUUCGCCAAGCUGGAGUUUAUUGUGAGAAAUCAGACUACGCAGAGUCACUGUCAGACGGAAUCCGAUGCGAAAGAUGACACGGGUCAACGAAAGUCGGAGCUACAAACGGAAGGUGGCACGAUAUUGCCGUUGGUGAUAACUCAUGAUUUAGGACAGAACGAGACCUAUGUGCUAACGCCUAUCAGUAAAUUACACGAUGGCGUGAGUUAUCAAGUUACUACGCGCGGGCUGAUAGUCAACAGUCCGGCUAUCACAUUGUCGAAAACGAACGCAGUGUAAACUAGAAGAUUGCAUGUGAGAAAAUAGCUAUAUAUUAUAUCAUAGGAAAUUAUAUACGUAUAUAUGUAUGUAUGUGUGAAUGUGAUAUAUGCGCCUAUGUUGUAAGGCUCUAAUUCCUCCCAGCAAUUUUUUCCCACAUCUCUAAACUAAGAAUACAGUAAUAUAUUGCACGCGUUAGAUAUUUGUUAUUGUUCGGAAAAGUCGCAAUAAGAAUAUUUUAUAAAUGUGUAUAAGAAUAAUAUAUACAUGAUAGUCUCCUAAAACACAGGCAAAAACGAAAUUAUUAUAUGUAUAUAAAAUCUUAGAUUGUUAGAUACGCUUGUUGAAGUAUAUCUUCUGUUAUGUUACUCAAUUACAUAAUGAAUUGAGUUAUAAUGCUUUUAAAGUUUGGAUAUAAUAAUAAUUGCACAAAGUAUUCCUCUAUAUUGAUCAAUAAAAAGCAUUUAGU